AUGGAUCCCGUCCAAUCAAACACUAAUCAAGGAACACCGCGGGAUGUGAGCUAUGAUUAUGUAAAAGAUAAACUCGAAUCUUUACAUGGAAUAGAGGCUGUUCAUAGUCUCCAUAUAUGGUCAUUGACGUUGGGUCGUAACGCUCUUACUGUGCAUUUAGCUAUAAAAAAUAUUGUUACACAUAACAACGUUUUACAAAACGCUAAAAAAUUACUCAAAUCUGAGUUUGACUUCUAUCAUGUGACUAUUCAGGUAGAGAACUAUCACCAGGAAGUGAUGUCACAGUGUGAUGAGUGCAAUGAAAUUAGAUGA